AUGAAUAUUUUGUCCUGUAGUAAAAGUUCUACUACUCUAUCAUCCGGACGAGAUAUAAUAGAUAGAUGUUUUAUAACUUUUGAUCAAUUGAAUGAUGUCAAUUCGCAAUUGUUAUCAUGUAAAAGAAAGAAAGAAAGAAAAAUGUAUCAAUUUAUAAAGAGUCUUUUACCAACGAGAACAAAUCAGAUAAAACGACAAGAGAUGAUAGAGGAUAUCUCUGAAACUGUACAAGAAGCAAAACAAGAUGUAACUAGUGGACAGGAUAUAGAAUUUGAACUAUCAUUGGCUAUCAAUAGAACAUCUACAACAUUAGAUAAAUUAGAAGCACAAAAAGAUGAACAAACUAAAAAAUUACAAUUAAUGGAGAAAACAUUAUCGGAUCUAUCAAAGUAUGAAUUGAGUGAUCAACAAAAACAAAGAAGAGAUACAUUGGAGAAACAGCUGAAUGAAGUCGUUAAGAAACAGCUGAAGGAGACAGAGUUGGAGAUUGACGAGCUCACGAGAAAACUAUUGGUGCUCUACAACAAGAGAGACAUCAUCGCUCAGAAGAAGGUCAAUGCUCAAGAUGGAAUAGAAGGUGCGAUAUCACUGCCAUUAGCAAAUUCACAGGAUAUCAGAUUGGAUAGUUUAGAUGGUGAACAAAUGGUUGGUGCAGAUUCAAUUAAAACAACCGAAGCGACAACAACAACAACAACAACAACUACUUCUCCAACUCCUACACCUACUUUUAUAACAACAGAUCAAACUAUAACCAAUAAUGAAGAAGAUGAUUUAACAAAUAGUAUAGCAAGUGAUUCAAAUAGUAUAGUAUAA